AUGCACCCUCCCGACCUGCUGUCCUGGUCACCCUCGCUCGACACCUACCUGCUGAACCACCCCUUUCGCUCUUUUUCGCCCACCAGCACCGCCUCGCCGUCGUCGUCGCUGCCCUUGCUCUACAAGCUCGCAACGUCCUCGGCCACGUCCCAGCUCUUCUUCAUCUUGCUCGACCCUUCCACCUGCACCGUCUUCUGCGAGGGGCUUUCACAGCGCACCCUCUCCCGCCGAGUCCAGCUGCAGCACCCCUCUGUCGACACGCAGACACAGAGCGAGCACGACGUCGACCGAGUCGCAGAGGCGGUGCACGACGCCCUCCUCGACGCUUCUCCGUCCAGGAAAAGGCGGAGGACGAUCGGACUCGAGGCGACUCGCUUCUCGGCCUCGCUCUUCAUCGACGCCAGGGACCAAGAUGACAGCAGCCCAAGGUUCAAGGUGACCUUUGACCUCGAUCCCCUCGAUGCGGCGGCCUCAAAGAGCUUCCUCGAGGGUCACUUUAUAGGCCCGCUGCUGAGCGUAGCCGCUCGAGCCGCAGGCUCCAGCAGAGUUAGUGCCGAUGGUGGUGAAGAGACGACGCCCCUGCAACAGCAGACCCUCGACUGCCUCGCCAGGUACGCCCUCAAGCGGCGCGGGCUGCCGUGCGAUCGCCUAACUUCGCCCAAGCGCGUACGCGGCAUUGGCAGCGAUACAGCGCGGGACGGGAUCGAAGCAGCGCAGGCGUUGCCAUCGCCGCCUCUGCCGCUCGAUUCGGACGGAGACACCGACGAGAGCGAUCUCGUCUUCUUCGGCCCGCCUCCAACAAACUGGCGCAGACCCUCGACGUCGAAAGAGGCCGGCGCAGAGACCAGCCACCGAGCGCGGGCGGCCGCCUCGUCUUCCCCGCCGCUCUUCAGCCAGACGCAGGCGCAGACGCAGGCGCAGACGCAGGCGCAGGAGAAGCCAAAGGCUAACGGUAGCCAGGGGGAGCACAUCGCUGCGUGGCGCGUUCCACCGUCGCCCACAGCACAAGAGCCGCGUGCGACAGAAGCCUCGACGAGCGCCGCGGUGGAAGUCAAGGACGAACACAGUGCCAAGCGGUCCAGCGCACGGUUCUCGAUCUCCCCCGAAUCGUCGUCGUCGUCGUCGGAAGAGGAGUCGCUGCUCCCUGCUCGCACGACGAAGAUCAAGCCUGCCCCGCAGCGGCGGAUAGAAGACCGAUUGCCGUCCCAGCCUACCUCUGCCCGCGCUUCACCGCCCGCUUCCUCCUCAGUCGCCACCGCCUCCUCGGCAUCGAGCAGGACGGUCAAGGACGAGCCGUCGGCGGACAGCCUGGCGCCGACGCCGACGCCGAUACAGACGCAGACGCGGUCCGCAGAGCAACGGGCGAGGGAGAUGGAAAAGCGGCGUGAAAUCGAGCGCAUCAAAGAGGCGCGCGGUGCCGCGUCCGUUCGAGGAGCGCGCAGAGGACCUGGUCGGACGCGCUUCUGA